AUGCCUUAUUUCUGGAGAAUCUGGAGCUGGAAAGACAGAGUCAACAAAAUUUGUUUUACAAUACUUGUGUGCCAUCACAUCUAAUGUUUCGUCUUGGAUUCAACAACAAAUAUUAGAAGCGAAUACCAUAUUGGAAGCAUUCGGCAAUGCUAAAACUAUUCGUAACGACAAUAGUUCCCGGUUUGGAAAAUUUAUGCAAGUCUGCUUCAAUGAGAAACACACUAUCGAAGGUUGCGUAAUACAAGAUUAUUUACUAGAGCAAUCACGGAUAACAUUUCAAGGACCAGGAGAACGAAAUUAUCACGUUAUGUAUCAAUUAGUAGCGCAAGGACAAACAAACAAGCAAAUGCAAGAAAAUUUUUGCUUAAGACCUCCAGAAUUUUACAGAUAUUUAAAUACCAUUGAAGAUAUUUCAGUGGACAUAAACUUAGAAUCAAGGAAAUUCAAUGAACUAACAAUGGCUCUUACUGUAUUGCAAAUUCCACAGUCAGAUAUAGAUUGUAUUUUUAAGGUCUUAAGUUCUAUAUUAUGGUUGGGUAAUAUCGAAUUUAUGGAUAUAGAUGGUGAACGAUGCGAGUUUUCCAAAACUGAUGAAGAAAUUAUUGUCAUAUUAUCUAAAAUGAUGGGUCUCAGCACUAAUGAGCUUAAAAUGGUCCUAUUGCUACGCCAGAUAAACGUGCGAGGAAACAUAACGGAAAUACCAUUAAAGCUCCAUGAAAUCUCCAACUGUCCCAAAUUGGCGAUUAUUGGCAUACACCCGUCUUGCAAGAAUACUCCAGACAUUUUGUAUCAGGUUGAGAUCUGGACAACAUGGUGGACAGUGAAGGACAUCAACAUGACAUUCCUUCAAAUACUACUUAGGAAAACCAUUGGUUUUUCAUGAAAUUCCCUUAAAUAUGGAAUGAGACUACUAUCCAGAGUUUGAAUAUACUCUUCGCUGUUAAUUCGGCUUGUUACAAACCUCAAUUCCCAGGUACCAAAUGAACAAAAUGCUCACCAAAUUAUGAAGGAGCCAACUCCAAAGCCUCUCCUUGAAAAAGA